CACGAAUAAUAUUUGCACAAUGUAACGUGUAAUGUCACUUUUAUUCAUAAUGAUUUCCGGGGAUACAAAUAAUGGCUUUCUUGAUAAAUUCUUUCCAAAUUCAGUGGCCGAUUUAGACCUCACUUGUCGGAAAUGACAUCAAGAAAAGCGCACGGCCGCUCUGCCUCUCGACCUUAUUCGAGGGAAGUGUGUCGUAGACAGGUCGGGUAGCUCCGUACAAGAAAAGAAAAAAAUAGAAAAAAAUCAGAGGAGAAAAACUCGUUGGAAUUUUAGAUUUGGGAGAAUUUGGACGAAGUUUCCUAACUGUCCCGACCCGAGGAAUCCCCGGGGAGGGAACGAGCGUCUUCAGUAUCGGUAAUAAUGUCUAAUUUUCCACUUAAUACUUAUUUUUUUCUGUUUAAUUUGUGCUGCAAACACCAGCCGUCUCUUCUCUCUGUCUCGUCUGCCGGAAGUCUGCGUGUGGCUGCUUCGCGCAGCAUUGGGCUUUCGGCGUCGACAGUUUUUUUCCCCCGCUUGCUCGGUUUUUUUCAUCCUCCGAGGUUUUUUUUCCUUUUUUUAUUUUCACAGAGACGAUGAGUGGUAGAGAGGCUGACCCGCAGUAUUGUUCAUAUGCUAUUGGUUUUUAUGUCAUAACAAUCGGCCUGAAUUUUUGGAUGCUAGCUAACGUUGUACAAAUGAAAUAUUUAGCUAGCUAGCUACGUGUAAUCUACAAGAUUCGCGAUUAUUGUCUCAACGUUUCUACUUUCAUAUUAUUUGUAAAUUUAACGAACCGAUUCCCAAUACUUUGACAGCUGGAGUAACAUUACACGAACAAACAAAACAAUUCUUGCAUCCAGAGUAUGUAUUUUUACACUAUGCUCAAGCUGGCUAUAUAAUAGUACAUUGGCUAACACUUUAUGACACAGCUGUAACAUGAACGGAAUGAUGGAUGAGUCUCAUUUUAACUCCUCCUACUUCUGGUCUCAUGUCCCUACUGUACAAGGACAGAUUGAAAAUGCCAUGUUUCUGAACAAGAUGAAGGAGCAGCUCGGACCGGAUAAGAACAGUCCGUUCGGUCACUCGGGCCAUCACUACCCCGCCGCUGUGCUCACCGUCCCCGGUUCAGUUGCCAUGGACGCAGUGGCGGGUGGGCGGGUACCCAAGCAAGAGGUUGGGGGAGGGGGGUCAUCUCACCUGCACCCACCUCACACCUCCCAGAACAUCACCGUGGUGCCUGUGCCCUCCUCAGGCAUCAUGACUGCAGCGGGCUUCGUCAUCACCACCCCCCAGUGCACGCUCGUCUCCCCGGCCUCCUCCUCGCAGUCCUUCGUCUCUGGCCACCCCACCACCACCAUGAUCGUGUCUGCCCUCCACCAACCAAACUCGGAAAAGAAAGAUCUCAGUACAGGCAUUGUCAUACCGACGCCAGGGAAGCGUGGCAGGAAGAAGAAGUCGGAUAUGGCACGGAUGGGGCCCACAACUUCAGGUCAUGUGCUGCCCACAGGAAGUGAGGCGCUGAUCUUGGCACACCUGGCAGCUGGUGGACAGCAUCACCCAUCUGAUCCCUACGAUCUAUCAAAUGAGGACGAGGAACAUGCGGUGAAGAAUGGGACCAAGACGUACAGGUGCCGGAUGUGUGCGGUGACCUUCUUCAGUAAGUCAGACAUGCAGAUCCACGCAAAGUCUCACACAGAGGCCAAACCGCACAAGUGCCCCCACUGCUCCAAAUCCUUCGCCAACUCCAGCUACCUGGCCCAGCACAUCCGCAUCCACAGCGGGGCCAAGCCCUACACCUGCUCCUACUGCCAGAAAUCAUUCAGGCAGCUCAGCCACUUACAGCAGCACACACGAAAUCACACCGAGUCCAAGCCCCACAAGUGCCCCCACUGCACCAAGUCGUUUGCCAACACCAGCUACCUGGCCCAGCACAUCCGCAUCCACACGGGUGUGAAGCCCUACGGCUGCUCUUACUGCCAGAAGACCUUCAGACAGCUCAGCCACUUACAGCAGCACAACAGGAUCCACACAGGUGACCGGCCGUAUAAGUGUGUGCAUCCUGGUUGUGAGAAAGCCUUCACCCAGCUCUCUAAUCUACAGUCGCACCGCCGGCAGCAUAACAAGGACAAGCCCUACAAGUGCCACAGCUGUAACCGUGGCUACACAGACGCAGCCAGCCUGGAGGUGCACCUGUCCACACACACGGUCAAACACGCCAAACUCUACUCCUGUGGUCUGUGCAACCGCACAUACACAUCGGAGACGUACCUGAUGAAACACAUGCGCAAACACAACCCAGACCCCCUCACAGCUGCAGCGGUGCUGGUAGCCCAACAUGCCCAGUCCGCCGCCAGCCAGAACCAGGGCCAGAACCCCGGCUCUUCCGCAGGGGGAGGAGCCCAGAGCCGGGGCGACCGGAGCGACAGCAGGCAGGGUGGAGGUGGUGGUGGUGGAAGAGGAGGUGCUGGUGGAGGACAAAACCAGGGCCAGUCCCAGGGAGGCCACGGUAACCAAGGGAGCUACUCCCAGGUUGAGGGCGUCCCAUGCCCCUUUGACCUGCACCAAUAUAAGACUGUAGCAGCGGGGGAUAUACAGUACAAGCCUGUGAGCGUGGCCAGCCUCACAGCUCACAAAGACCUGUGCCUCACGGUGGCCACCUCCACCAUCCAGGUGGAGCACCUCAACUCCUAGAGCAAGUGGAAGAGGACUGAGAGAAGGGGAAGGAGCUAGAAAGAGCACUAAAGCACUGGCAGAAUGACGAAGGUUUCAUUCGGUCUUACAGACAGUGUUUACUGAUGCAGAUCUUCAAAUAUGAUACCUCUGGGAAUGCUGUUAAGUUUCGUCUCUCGUUUUCUUUUCUUUUUUUAUAAAGGAUUUGACAUCUGAGUGGUGAACAGAUGGAAGGGCUUUAAAACUUCUCUGACUCCUCCCUAAAGAUGGCAAGCAGGCUGCCCUAGUUGUAGUUUUUACAGCUUUAAUUCAGAUGAAGCUAAAUAGAAUUCUUGGUUGUAACACAGGCCUCUACGUGCGAGGGCUCUCCAAGACUGGCCCAGGUAUCUAGCAAGCAAUAUUGAAGUGACAUCAAGAACAGCCUCAAAUAUGGACGGAACAGUCUCAUGGGAAUAGAACGGUCACAUAUGGAAAACAUUGUGUUUUCUCUUUGUUUCUCACGUCACACCUUAUGAUUUUUCUUGCCGUCUUGCCAGAGGAAGACUUUCUUUUCUGUGACGCUAACGUCAUUCAGCCAUAGUCCAGUAAUCUUGGUGGCUUACUAUAUCCAAUGGGUUUUUCCACUCCAUGUGGUCCUAAAAGACUGCUUCUCUAAAGCAGAUUAGGUUCAAGGAAAAUUUGUAUCAAGAUUAAAUUUGACAAGUGAAUCCCAAUGCCUUUUAAACAUUAAGGACUUUCUCUAUGCAUCACAUUUUAACAAAUGAAAUCGUGGGAAGAGACAAGGACCAUAGAAAUAAUGACUUAGUACUGGAAUGUGGAGAGCGAAGUGUGAAUGAAAAUAUCCAAAAGAUCAGAGAAGUUUCUCCCUUUUUGUCUACAUUUUAUAUGCUCAAGGCUUCCUUUUCGAUGGCAGAAGCCAUAUCAGUGCCGAUACUCUACUUAUGCUCUCUGUGAAAGUAACUUUUCAUACUUUACUACAGAUGGUGGUCAAUUUAUAUCUACCUUCAGUUUUAUUAUGGUUAUUAUUGCAUUGCAUUUUUGUAAGGUCCCUAUUAUAUAUAAUGUAAACUAUACACUUAAAAGUGUUUUUUUUUUUUUUUUUUUUAGGGAUGUAUGUAUGUUUUUUAUUUUUGGGGGGAAUGGGGACAUUUUCUAAAAUAUAUAUAUAUAAAUAUAUAUAUACACUUAUAUGUGUGUGAAUGUGUGUGUGUGUGUGUGUGUGUGUGAAGGGAAAGUCAUCAUGUAAUUCAUCAGUUUGGAAAAAAAAAUCUGGACACUGGCCAAGCAAGUCCCCUGUUAAUCCCCUCUAACUCAUGAGGUUGGGAUGUGAUUGGCUGGUUGGUGCUGUGUGUAAUGCUCUAGUAGUUGGUUGUCUCUUUUUAAAAACUGUAUUCUUAUUAUCACUGUUAUGUUAUUGCAAAUCGUACCUACUAUUAUAUUGUAUUUUAUGCACCCAGCAUAGUAGAAUGAUGAACCAGAGUGUUUACCCCUAUCAAAACAAUAAAAUAAUUCUCUCUGUAAUGCA